UGCACGAUGACAGAUGAGCAGGUUGCGGGAUAACGACGAUGCCAUGGUCAUCGCCAUCAACGCCGGACCGAGUUUUUGCGGAUGUAUGCGUGCGGCCUGCUGCUGAAUUUCCCUGCUGCUGUGCUCGUCGUGUAGGGUGUCCCCGCUGGCGGCAACGCCGCGGUUGGCGGUGACAUAAGGCGAUACCCGAUGCCCCCAUGUUCACGUACCGUCCUACUGGCGAUACGCUGUCAUUCGCUGCCAAGCGCGAUCGUCCGAUGACAGCGGCCGACGAUGUCCGUCGUCAGGAAAAAGUCGACCGUCGACCCGAAAAGCAUCGGCCCUUCGCUCUGCGUUACAGAACUCGUACAGUUGACUCAGCUGGGCAUUCCGUUGGAGCAUGUGACAUGGCCGCGUGUCACGAUCACCCCGAGCCAGUGGCUCUGCAUUCGCCACACCAUGACCUGUCGAAACGCUUCGAGCAGUGCCGAUCGGUGCUCCGUGGUGACUGUGUUCAACCCACAGAGGUCUGCGCCUCAGACUUACAAAGUCGAGGCACGCUGUGCCAAGCUGAACCCAGACAAGCCUUUAUUAGCCAUCACAGACCAGUGGGCGCUGUACCUGUACAGCACACGCACCAAGAAGCUUCUGCACAAGAGCCGGCUGGAGCGAGAUCUCGUCUACUGGGCUUGGGUCACGCCGUCCACUCUGGGCCUGGUCACUCGAGAUGCUGUCUUUCACUGGGACUGCUCUUCGGCACCCACAGUGCCGGUGUUCAUGUUCUCGCUUCAUCAGCGCAUACGCAACACGGAAUUGGUGGGCUACGUCACUGACCCAGGUCUCAAGUGGCUGGCUGUCACCGGACUCUUUCAGGAGGAGCAGGUGGUCUCUGGUCUGGUCCAGCUGUACAGCGUGGACCGGCGUGUGAACCAGCUGCUGCCCGGCCAGUGCGUGCAGCUGUGCAGGCACCAGUUCCAGGACCAGCCGUACGUCUCGCAGCUGCUGCUGCUGGCCGACCGGGGACCUGCAGGACAGCGGCCCGAGGGGCGCCUCCACCUGACUGAGCUGAGCCCACCCGCCAGUUCGGGGGGCGCCCUGCGGGGACCCAUUGCCGAGACGCUCGAGUUCUUCGACCCCCUCGACAAGUUCGACUUCCCUGUGUGUCUGCAGGUGUCCAGUAGCCAGGGCCUGGUGUAUGUACUGACCAAGUGCGGUGUCGUGCACUUGUGCGACCUGGAGACGAUGACGCCUCUGUGUCUGCACGUUGUGUGUCCCGACAUCACCUUCACUGCCUCGAUCACACCCACAUGUGGGCUCAUGGUCGUGUCACGGAAUGGCCAGGUCCUCUUAGUUGAGAUAAAAAAGGCGGCGCUUCUACGGCGCAUCGUAGAGGUGGUGAACAGACCGGGCAUCGCAACUCGACUGCGGCAGACCUUGCCCUGAGUGUGCACCCUCGCUGGUCCUGAUACUGCUCGGAGGCAGCGCACGGGCUGCACUGGGUCAAAGUAAUGCUCUCGUGUUUUGUCUAGUCAUCGGGGAGACCAAGUGUGAUGAUUCCGCCAGGGUGCUGCGAAGCGUUUUAGUGUGUACAUGCCGUGCUUGUGCCGCUUGCCUUUCUAGCACGAAAAGGUGCGCACGGUGUGGUCCUUUUGCAUGCACAUAGCCUGCACCUGCACGCAAGUGACGUGCCCAGUUGCGAAGCUCAGGCAGGAAAAAAAAGAAAAGAAAGAAAGAAGUGGCCUCGUGCUAAACUAAGCAUAGAGGCUGCAUUCAGAUUUUGAGAAAGCCAAGCCAAGCUAAUGUUGUACUUUUGCAAUUGUUUGUUCUGGCAGAUGCAGGGGCAUGGUGUGGCGUAAGAAAAUGGACUAAUUUGUACGCAUGAUUUAGAUUCUGAUACGACUGCACGGCACAGACGACUGUGUCCUUCCAUGCAGGUGCAUAGCGAUGUGUGCGGUUUCACUAUAGAGCUGAACACAAGUGAGACAAAAGAUGCUGUCAUAACUUGAAUUCGUGCUUUGUACUUAAGUUUGGUACUUGGAUUUGGUGCAGGCUAUAAGCACAGGUUUACGGCUUUGCUUUUCUCGCAUUCAGCGAGAUGGUGAUUUUAUCCAAAAUGCACAGUGUGUGGUAGGUAUGUAUUGCAAAAGAGCCACUAGCUGCAUUAAGCAAAGUCCUGGUUUGUUUUAAUAGAAGCAAGCUGUGAUGAUCGUAAGGUGAGAAUGCCUAAAGUACAUGAGCAUGCUGUAGGGAGGACACGAUGCAAGUAGUGUUGAGGAUUUUAAAGUAAACAGCCGCAAUUAAGAAUGACGCUGUGAAAUUAUGCUUUCUUACAUCAUGAGUUUCAACCACAUGUGGCCUAGCUGUCAUCAUUCACGGCUGUUUCAUUUCCCAGCAUUAUAGCUAUUUCCUAAGCCACACUUCAAGGCUGCGUGUGCAGCACAUAAAGCAAAAGAAGUGUCUAGAGGCAACAACCAAAGUUUUUGUUUAUAGUCUUUAUUUCGUUACAGUUAAUGGCUGGCUCUCAGAUAUAUCUGUCCUCACCUACCCUUCAGACACUUCACUACUUUAGAAAGUUAUCAGAGAUAGGUUAAUUAGUAGAGGGCCUUGCAAGGUGUUUACGAGUGAGAGCAAAAGGGGAAUAGAAGUUAGUGAAAGCCAGGGGGGGGUUAACCAAUGCAGAAACAAAGGGUUUGCGACACUAAGGGGUUGGGUGAAGAUGGAAUAAAGGGCGGCGAGAAAAAGCAGGCAUGUAGAGAAAGAAAAAAAGAGUGAGGAAUGCGAGUAUUAUAGUCUGUCUCAUAGGCCACUGCCAUGUAAAAAACUAUACUAGCGAAGGACAUUUGCUAGUAAGAUCUCUUUAUUAGCAUAGAAAAUGGCAAAGCGAUUGCGUGGUCUUGUCCCGAGCUUGGAGGAGCUUUUUUAUGCAGAAAGGCAAAGAUCCGACUGAGUCAACGAGUGUUCUCAAGCAUGACAGUUGUUCACUCAUUCUUGUCAUUUACAUUUUAUGCUAUAUUUUGGGCAGAGUGUUUUUUUUUUAUGCUCUUUUGCGUGAAUGUGGUGUGUAAUUAACGCUUACUGGAUUGUUUUCACUGAAGCUGCAUUGCGAAGGACAGGAGUAGCGCCAUGCAUUAUUUUUAUGUUUGAAAAUACGAAUUGUUUGCUUUUUUGUAGCAACAUUUACUUUGAUUUCUUGCAUUUGUCCUUUGUAUAUACUUUUUAUGCUCCUCUUGCAAAACAUGGCAUAAAUAAUGAAGCAACUCAUAAGCGGCUUUUCCUGGCCGUAGUACUGAUAAUUCUGUUGUAAAGCGUUGCGCAGAAUCAGAAUUUUGAGAUGAAAUUUGUUCAAAAGCUGUGUAGCAGCUUCCUUAAUUUCUCUAUUAUGGAGUGCGCUUUCACGUAAACAAACUGUUCCUCAUCUUUCACGACGUUUGGAGGAAAAAAAAAAUAAUUGCUAGUGACAGGAAUCGCAGAAACUUCUAUUACUGACUGUUACGGCUAAACAUAAUGCAUACCUCCUAUUUUCGAAACAACAACUGAUGCCCAUCAUCGCGUAGACGGCCUGCACUUUACACUCUAACACCACUAGAGAUGAGGUGGGCAUAUUUAUGAGUGAAGCACCGCAGCAGUGUAUCCAAGCAUUGUCAUAUUCAUUGAAGCAGUGCUCCUGAAAGUGAUAACUUGGUGUGAAGUUGGGCCAUGAAUGCAACCGCCUUUUAAUUCGAGAAGCUGGUUGUACCUACAUCUUAAACUUAUGCUACAUGCUAUCGAGGUGCUAGAGUGGCUGCUUCUCUUCUUAUUAUUUUUCUUCCUUCCCACAUGUCAAAUGAGAUGACUUUUUCCUUUUACAUUGUAUAUUUACUUUUAAGAAAUAUUCGUGGUGUAUAUAAUUUUAUGCUACUCUACAUUGAAAUGUGUUAGAUCAUCAGCUCUGGUUGAGAUGUUUUUACAUUUUUUGGCACCGUUUAUCACCUAAACAUAGCGUGUGACCUUCAAUACUUGUGUGCCGACUUGGAGCUUUAGAAGUUGUCAAAAGUCAGCUGAUGCAAACACUAAUUAAGCAUGACAACUUUUUCAUUUAGAGAUUGGGGGAGGGGUAUGUUUGACUUUGUAGUGAAAACAUUUGCUAGCACUUGUUCUGUUGUAUACUAAUGCGCCUUAUCAAUGCCAGAGACCUACCUGACCAGAAAGGCUACAUGUGUUGUUUUCUUAUGGUUUUCCUUACGUCUAAUGUUUUCAUAAAGAGACGACUUUUAGGGGAGUGCGGGGGGUUACAGAGCAAGAGAAGUUUGUUGUUGCACAACAUGUGUGCGAGUGUGGUGGUCAAGGGCAGUGACCUUUUGAGCCGGCAUAACCUGCUGUGAACUUUCAGUUCAGGGAACUUUGCUGGAAGUACAUGUGUUGUCAUUAGUAAUAGCUUUUUGUGAAUACUUUUUUUUUCUUGAUGCUGCUGUCGUUGUUGUGCACGUGCCAACUCGCAUGCCCCCUGUAGGAGAGGCCUGGUUGUAAGGGUAUGCUUUUUGUUUGUUCAUUUUGUUGAACUUUUGAGUCAAGUAUCACGCUCUUACAUAUUGUGAAAUACAUGGAGUGUCCGCCUGUUGCUAGAAUCCGGAUUGGCAGCGAAGUAGUAGAGUCUCGGUGAACAGAAAUCGGCUAUGUGGCACAACGGCCCGCAAUUCGGUUGGUUUUGUAUUUGGGUACUCCACCUAUAUACGCCUUUCUGAGUAAUUGAAACUCCUGUUAAAUUGAGCAUAUAUUCUCGCCGUUCAUUCAGAUUCUGUUGAAAGAGGCUCUACUGUACACUGCGGGUGCCAUGCACUGCUGGUUCCAUUCUGUGUGCAGUUAAACCUGCUCAUAAUGAAUCUUCGAUAUAACGAAUUUCUCGAUAUAACGAAGUUUUUUAUUCCCCGCCGUUGCUCUAUAGAAGCACAUGUAUUUGUGACCCCUAUGUAACGAAGCAACAGAGGGAGACAGUCUUGGUAUGAUGAAUUUUCCGCACAGACAAUCUAGCAAUUUUGCCCUAGGUAUUUCGGUACGAGCAUGCCUCUUCCACGGGUGCACCGCUGCCGACGAAGCGCGAAGUGGUGGUGGCGUGCACGGCACAGCAAAUGAAAACCAGCACUCGUGAUUGCACACGGGUGGGAGUGAGGUGGACAGGCGGGCCUGCACCCCACGAGCCGGCGUUGCCCCUGCGGGCGCACAUGUGGAUGUGCUCUUUCCUCCAAACCAAAAGCAAAAAAAAAAAAACAAAACUACUUUUGCUGUUUGCAGUGCCAGGCUUUUAGUUAGGGUCACAUAUGUCGGGCCGUGCUGCACUUGGAGGGCGCUUUACCGAAUAGUUUUCUGCGGUAUGCAGUCUGUGUUGUUUGCUCUUCGUAUUCGACGCUGUGCGCCCGUGCAUGGUUUCACUGUGCACGAAUGCUGUGGCUCCCGGCGACUUUCAGCUUUGCUAUAUUUUUUUUGCUUUUUUUUGUUUCUUUAAUGCGGACAACCAUGUCGUGACCACCGAGGGUAUGUCAGAUUAGGCGCUCAUGGAAACUUUCCAAGACCACAGUGACGACGGAUCUUCGGUGGUCGACUCGUCACGCACUUUUAUCUUGCGCCGCGCCGUGAUUUUGCAGGCUCAGAGCUUUCACAAUUAGCUGAUUAGUUCUGGCAAAAACACGACGGCGCGUUGAAUGCAAUGCAAUGAAUGUGAUCAAGAAAAAUUGUAAGUGUUACAUGAAGUAAGGCCGGCAGCCAACUCUUUCAGAGCCAAUAUCGCAGAACUCCUACAAAACGCUGGUGUGAGCGAAUACGGCUGCUUCAGGGAGAAGUGCUCUUUUCAAACAGUUCCUUCGUGUUGGAAGUGCACUCAUACUUGCCGAGAUAACAAGCGCGCCAGUGAUAACGACUGCCCUUAAAAUCAAAGUUCAUUGCUGCUACUUGAGCGAACCCCCUUCGCGUUUUUUCAUGCUUGUUCAAGAUUGGUGGUUUCCUUUCUGUUUGAGCAUUCAACGGCAGUUCCAACAUGCAGGGGAUGUUAUCUUGUGCGCCUUCCAGGCAAUAGAGAUAGACCGAAUCAUUUGAUCUGUGCUUCAAGAGAGCUUGGGCUCAUUUACCCGCUCGUUGAAGCUACAAAGUUACAAUGCGCGGGGGUAUGUUAUCAAUUUUAGGCUUGUUACAGAACACGGCAGCGAUGUCAGGAACCCACCGAGAGUGUCUAUAUAAUUGCUAUCGCAAUCGUAACCGAGCUUUUUACCGCUAAAUAUCAGUUUUGGGUAAGCUCUGCAUUCAGUCUCCCUUUUUGUUUAAUUUGUGCAUAUAUUUUUCGAAUUUUUGCACCGAACCUGCAUAUAACGAAAGCCUCUUUAUAACGAAUUUUUUGAGAAUUUGUCAACUUUAUUAUAUCCAGGUUUAACUGUACUUAUAUUGUUGGUUUACUUGUCGUUAGCUAACAGUUGACUGACAGCAUUGUCAAAUGGUUGUGUGGCACGUGUUGUUUCAUGCAUCUUCUUCCGACUUGCUUGAGUGGUUGCUAGCAAGUGAAGCCGGCCUUGUUGCUACCCGUCAUAUGUGCUGCAAAACUGUAUGUUGUGUAAUAUAAUCGCCAUGCCCUUUUUGAUACCGUGCUGAUCGUGACAAAAGAGAGUAGUAAUUGAUUAGAAGUUUAAGUGAAAUGCCACUGUCAUGCGUUGUUCUGAUAAUGUGUCGACUAAUCUUGAGAAGAGCAGCUUAUUGCACUGCUUUCCUGAAGAUGUGUUUCUGAAAUAAUGCAGCAAGGAAGCUAGCUCCUUGAGGAGAUAUCUUGUCACGACUGACAGUUUUCUCUUUUAGUUUCGAGUGGCCUGCAGUUCACGAGCCACUGUGCGAUAUUUUCUCUGUUCUUUCAUUUUACAUAUGCCUCGUUUUGUUUUUAUUUUGCUUGUGCACAAGUUACUCAAGCCAUUCGAUGUUGAAGCUUGCCAUACAGCUGAAUUUUACAAUCUCGUGCAUUUCAGGUAGUAUCAGUCUGCACCUUGAGGCUAAAUCAAAUUAGCGCUUUCUUCCGUGACUGCGAGAUGUGUGUCGUUUAAUUUGUGUGUUGGCGAGUGAGUAAUUUAGCAGAAGCCAUCCGCGUUCAUUGUGUUGGAGCACACAAAUGUCGAACUGAGGAUAGCUCUAAUGAAAAGAAUGUUUUUGUCUGAUGUGUCGCUCAGGUAUGCCACAUUGUUUGGAUGGGUGCUUAUCAUAGUGGAAACAAAUGAGACAAAUCUGCACUUGUUGGUGCUUUAGAGACUUGUGAUUGUACAUGCCUAAAUUAAGCAUGUACUGUACUCAAUGAAUGAAAGGCACUCUAAGUAAAGUGUAGUGUAGACUGGCUAACUUUAUUUGAGGGUGUUAGCACCACUGCCUGGUUUGCCCUGUAUUUUACUUACAAUGUGCUGGUGUCUGUGACUGCCGAGUAGUUCAUGAGUCUAUGUUUUGUACGAUAAUGGACCACACUGGAUGCUCUAAUUAUUCUACCUUUCCUAAUACUAGGUGAGCUCUGGCAGCUCUCGGCAACCUGUUCCCAUACAGAACUGUAUUGUCUUUAUUUUUUUUGCUGUUAUUUAUUUUUCAGUAUUCACUUCUUAUCGUCUCUCAUAUUUUUGAUGCCGUUUGCAUAGGUGGUGUCUUUCUGUGUUCCUGUUUUUACUCUGUACACGUUUGUCACCGAAAGUCUGGUGAAUACCCCAUCGUUUUUAAGGGGUACAAGCACUGAUUGUGCCUGAUUUCUUGUGUUGCCUGAUUUUUCUAUCCCACUCUUAUAAAGAGACUAAUCUUUUGCAGGCAUGCACUGUUGCUCAUGUUAUGCUCAGCUAUGUUAUGAAUGUGCAUUAGGCAGUAAGCUACUGACCCAUCCUUUGAAACUCUGUCGAUGAGCAAGCAAUCCCUUGCAUACUAGGCUUUUUGAACUCAAAUACUUUUGCAAGCAAUUUCGUUGCCUUUGUGUCAUGUAGCUCUUCGAGUGAAUGUCUCUUUCAGGCUAGGCUAAUUCAUUAGUGCUGGUUCAUUUCUACUGUAUAUACAGCUAAUUACCUUGUCAUUUUAUUCGUUACCUUUCCGGCCUCCUGAAUGUAGACUGCCUGCACUAUGCAGAUUCCCAAUUACCGUUAGCCUGUGUGAAUCCAGUAGAUAUUUGUUCCUGAAAAUUUCAUAGCUGUCUUUUACUCUAUCUGAUUAUGCUUUGUUGUCAGCUGCAUUUUUCCAUUUUGGCCAAACCGUCGGGUUACCCCAAAAUACUGUUGCUCACCUAUCUAAUGUUUAGGUAGCCUUCAAAAUGGCACUCCUCUUGAAAUUAUUCAUAACUUGCGUGUGGAUCCAAAUUUCGAAACUCGUGAUACACGAAAUUGUGCUGGCAUAAUGCACGUUGUGCGCUUUCCUUCCUAGGCUAAAGCUUCUCGUUCUGUCGUUCUUUGCAGGAGCCUGACUUCUUCCCAAUCAUAUUUUCUAUUUAUAACAGUCUGCCCAUGUGUCAAUGCAGGUAACAUGUAGUGAUUGUGCACUUCUCAAAGGUAAGCCGUAACUAAUGUGCCCCACACAAUUCCUGCUCUUCCGUGGUGUCCUUCGCAAUGUCUGGGACAUUUGUCACUAAUGGUCGUACAUUUCCUAAGGACUGAGGCUAUUUAAGGCAUUUGUGUUUUCUAGGUAAUCUUGACCUUCUAAUAGCCAUCACACAGUUUUUUAUUUCUAGCCUUAGCGCCUAUUUAUAUCCUAAAGACGGAGGUUAUUUGCAAGAUUUCUGUUCUCCAAGUAACUUUUCUAAUUGUCAUCUCCUGGUUUCUUGUCCGUAGCAAUUACACGAAUUCCGUCCUACAAAAGUAAGAAUUUUGUCUUCACAACACUAUUCUUAAUCAUUGCAAAUAGUUGGUGCUUGAAUAUCAGUUGCAGUCAACGUCCAAUCUUUUGAGCGGCGUAGAAACCACAGAAUUGGCUGAAAAAGAUCACCGCAUACUUUUGUAACUGUCCUUCUGGGCUCAAAUCUUCACAGCGAUGCCCGAAGCAGCUCUGAAGGCCAGCCAGUACUAUUAUAUCCCUCUGUACUUCUGCUAUGGUGCUCUUUAACCUUUGUGCCAUUAACACGUUACUCAUCAUAAUCAUCAUUGCUAGUACUUGUGCUGUGACAAGAGAUGAUGGGUGAACAUGAGAAUAGUUAACCCUGCUACAGUUGCCCCCUUUCCAUUGUGUGUACGUUUUACUGCCGUGCUUUGUGCACGCUCAACUGCAUGACACUUUUGUAUUGUGGGCAAGGUGACUUUUUGAAACCUGUGUGGUCGCAAACAGAUUAGCACGCAAAACUGCAGUUUCAGGGCUACAAGAUAACAUGGUAACUGUGGUUCAUUUGUAUCAUCGCCGUUCCGGGCCUGCAAUCUUUUUAUCUUGGCACGAGGUUUGCAACAAUUGGUGGCAAAGUAUUUCACCAUCUCAAAUUUUAAGACAUCUUUGCAAAUUGGUAUUGUGCAUUGGCAUUGGUACAUCGGGUGCACCUAUUGUACCAAUGUGAAUAUAUGAGACAGUGACUACAAGAACGUAUAACCAACAUAUAACAGAGACAGUUGCUUCGUACAGAAAACUUGCUAAUCUCGACAAACUUUAUCAGAGAUUCUUACUGUAGUACUCGGGCAGUGCUUGUAUUUAUUCUGACGUUGUCAGUGACUAUAGAAGUUUUAUUUGUUAGAGGUAGUCCCACAUCAAGCCUGUAUUGUUUUUUCUCUUUUGCCGCUGCUAUUUCGUCUACUACUGUAUGCACUUGACAGAGUUUGCUGUCAGUAGCAGGUUGUCGCAGAGUUUGCUGAAAGUUUUGUUCUUAAUACUUUUUCAAUGGCUGCCAAAACUUUUGAUACAAUGCCUACUUUGCAUAAUGUGCAUUCAGUUAGAAAGUAACUACCAAAGGAAUUUCUGCCGUUAACGUCAGCAAUCGCCCUUAUAUUUAGCUACCUCAUGUGGAUCACGCUAGCUUUCAGGGUACCCUUAAGCGGCCUCUAGCAUUUUGAACUUGUUUUUAAAUAAGCAUGCCCAUUGUGCGGAGAACGCUUUUAGAAGAAAAGAAAAUAAAUCCUGCAGCCAUUUUUAUGCUUUUGUAGGAGCUUCUGUGCACUCGGUGUCGCCAGCUAAGUCAUGCGUGUGAUGGUGCCAGGGUAAAAAGUUGUUUGUUAGUUCAAGUCAUGGUGUGAUGGUGCCAGGGUGGUUAGCUUCCAAGUUGUUGGUUAGUUUAUCAAUAGAAAGCAAGAGUGACUGAGAUGAAAACUUUCUAUGUGUUCUGAGGAAGAAAAGGAGUUCGCCUAAUAUGUGCCAUCAGUAAUUUUGGGCCGUUUCUGUUGAGUACGCAUUGACCAUCGAAAGGCAAGCAUUGGAGAAGCUCUUCCUUUAGAUCUCUAUUCUCAUGCUACUCCCAGCUUUCGCUACACUGCACAGAAUCGGCAAGGUGGUGUGUACAUAAGCACGCAAUGGGUGGGAGUCGAGUGCCUGCAAGGAGAGUCCCAAAGUCAAGCAAAACAGUGCAGUGGCUGCCAGUACCAAACAUUUCUAACUUCACUAUUGCAGCAUCACUUCACUACUUCUUGCAGCUGUGUGUUCAUUGCAUUCUGAUGAGGUAAGUAACUGUAGCUAUAUAAUGCGACAAGUUGUCGAGCUUAGAAGGGCUUAGAAUAAUGAUAUUAAGUUAAAUAUGCAUUUGUUAAGGUACUAGGAUCAGCAAACGGUUGUCAGUGUUUGUGGAGUGACAUGGUGGCACAUACUAAAUACUUGCAAAGUGUUUGGGGAGCGCUUGAAGGGACCAGUUAUGACAGCUACGGAAAAAUUUUGUAAUCGAAAAAGCAAGUGAUGGAUUCAUUUCAGCUAGGCCAACAGUUGGGAAGUUGGGAAGCAGUGCGCAGAACCUGACAGAGGAAAGAAAAUGCUUGUAAUUGCGACUGCCUUGGUUAAUUUUGUUUCCUCUGUUUUGUCCAGUAUCGUGUGUGGCUUCGCAUGCUCAUCGUAAAAACACAUUCAGGUGUGCGCUUGUGAAGAGUGCAUGGGUAUGAACCUUCCAUCUCUGCUUCAAUUCACCUGCAGUUCGUGAUCAUAAAGUCUCUAGAUUUUUUUUCCUCUUCUUUCUUAUAUACCGACAACCAUUGGAGCACCACGGACAAACCUCGCUAACAGUCAUUUUCGGUAGCCACGUUCUUCCUAACACUUUUGCAGCACCUGGUGAAACGCGUCCCCCAGUCUCUAAUGACGGGGGACUGACUGGAAGAGAAAGGCAGGUCACAGCACAGUGUCCGCUGAAAGAUGCGUGGCUAAUGCACUUGGACGUACAUGGCUUUGUUAAACUUCCAAGUUCGGAGGAAAAUGGCAGACAGAGGCUGUGCAUGAGAAAAGGCUGGGAGAGGAGGUAGUUGUCGGUACUUUGGUUAAAGGGAAAAAUCCAGGGGCUUUAGUUCACGAGGAGCAAAGCUUAGGGGGAAUGAAACUUUGGACCGAUCGUAAUCUGUGAUUAACACGAGGCUCAACGGUUAAGUUUCUGGUUUCUUAUGAACUACAGAUCUCUGUUAUGAAAUAUCUGAUGUUCUCAUUACGAAAAAUUCAAUUAACUAUUGUGUGAACAAGUUAUUUUAUAUUACAUUAACAGAUUUGGACAUAAAGUUGCAUUCGAACAAAUAUGCUGCUAAAGAAACCUACAAAAAAAAAGUUGAGUGAAUCAGUUUUAGGAACUCAAUCACUCCACAGAAAAUGAGGGUUAUGAUGACCCACUAGAAAUCUAGUGAAUGUGAUGGGGUUUACCUCAAGUGUAAUAUGCCAAGAAUACCACUUGGGAUGAGUUUGCCACCUGGAUGCAUUUACGGCAAUCUAUCGGGUGUUAUCAAUGACACCGCCGGAUAUAUGUUUUUGUCUUAAUGGUCAAAUGGGCUGUACGCAAUACUUUCAGUUGAAGAUGUCGACUGUCCAUCUUGAUGCUGAAACACCACUUUACAAAUGUGCUCAGAGCGGCGUAUUUGGUGUCGAUUAAAGAGCAUGAAAGGUCAAGUUUUCGUGGGCUAUUCACUGUCAUAUUUCGUAAGCUGUCUGUACCACGCAGUACGCAGCAGUUGGUCUUGUUGGUUUGUGGAAUGUUUUUGUGCUUGUUUUGCAUCACUGUACUGCUUUUGAUUCUGAUAUCCCCAGCAUUGUCACCAUGUCUUAGUAACAUGCUGUCUUUGUACUGCCUGCAUGUAAUGUGGUUUAUGACUGCUAAUUGCAAGGAGAGAUUUCUAAAGAUUCGAAUUCCUUUAAAAUGUUAAUGUACUACUUCUAUUUGCAUAGCGCAUGCUCGCAGCACAGUGCACCCACUGCAUCCAGUCCACAUGCUUUAGUUCUCAUCUUCUGUGCUUCUUUCACUAUGGUGUGUAUAAUGUAGACAACUGGUGGUGCUAACCUUUUAGCAUUCUUUUGGGAACGGGUGAAAUAUAUCACCGAGGUGUGCCAUGACGUCACGUUUACAGCUAGCCACAGCACACACGGACCUUUGCCCUGUUUUGCGCAUAUGCUCACCACUGUCUAAACUUUGGCUUCAGCUCAAAGCGGGUGUCGUGUGGUGCAUUUUUUGAUGCAUAAUGUAGGUUUAGGCUGUGAAAGAUGUGAAUACAAUGGGUGCGCAGCUAACAUGGAGCUAGCUUUAGAACUUGCAGUGAGGCCUUCUGCAUCGACAGAACUGUCAGCAAACACUUGAAAAAGCCUUCAAAAUGUUUUUUUUUUUUUGUAUCGCAUUGCCAGUUUUGAUGAGUAAGGUGAGUGUUUUGCUAUUAGCGUUGUGGCGCAGGGUGAAAACAUUCAAUGUGAGGGCCACAUGAAAGCCCUGCCUUGAGAUUUUGGCAAUGUGCUUAUUUAAUGCAUAAAAGUGCUAGUAACUGUGGCAUAAAAAGAGUAGGCAAAUGGUGUGCAGUUUGCCCUAUAAACCUUUCAAGGCGUAUUCUGGACACCUUUUUAAUCGGUGCAGGAGCAAAAGAGCGGACCAAGAGGAGCCUCAUAAAAAACACUUGAAACUGGCAGUUACAAAGCACCUUACACACCACAUAUUGAUGAUGCUGCUGUAAAGUCAAUAUUCACAAGCUUGCUCAAUUGAUUAGCAUUCUGCUUAUUCUAUGUUAUUCUACUCUUCCUUGGAAUGUUUGUAUCAUCAUGCUGGUGUGUUUUGCCUUUUAUCUGCACCGUGGCCUUUGGUUCUCUUUAAAAAUCAUUCCUCAAUAAUUGAGACACCUAGUAUAUGCUGUGUACAAGACAGUGCAGUGUAGCCCUUCUGUUUUGUUCUUGAAAGUUUUCUCUCGGUGCCGUCCCAUUAGAGUAACCGUAUGCAAUCUCAUCCAUAUCUGUGCCAAAACUGUGGUCCCCAUAUGCGGCCACGAGCCGAGAUGUGUUUAGUCCAGUAAGAGUAGAUGAAGGUUUGUACUACCGCCCCCAAUGCUUGGGUAAGUCAUACAGGCCGGUGACGUCUUUCUUGCAUUGUCUGAUGAUGGAUGUAUUCGCCACAAUGUUGACGCAUGCAGAAGAGGAAGCAGGUCGAUAACAAUGCGGGCACAGUCAGUGACAUGCCUGCAUCUUCACUUUUCUGCGUGCCCUCCUUGCCUGAACCAAAUAUGUAUUCUAGAAACACCAGCUAAGAAGUAAAUGAUGAAUCUAGCCAAAGAAUUCAACUAUUAGAAGUUGUCCUCUGUCAGACACUUCCGAUAGUCAAUGAAGUCAAUCCACAUUAAAGUUUCUUUUAUUAUAAUCGUAGAGAGGAAGAAGAUAGUGUGAGACUGUAUUGCAGAGUGAAGCCUGAGUGUACGUGAAAACUGUUGCAUCGGAGUGCACUGAAAUCGGUGUCCUCUCACUUGAGCGCACUCGGAAGUGCCUGCGUUACAAAGGUAGAGCAGGGCUAAGGCGCACCUUGUGAGACAUGGCCGAUCAAUAUUACACUUUGUAAUUGGAGCAUUGGAGAAGACUAGAGUGGACGUGCACUUCAUUGUUCUCGGAAUGUACAUGAUCGCAAGCAAAUUUUAGUUGUAAAGCAGUGAGCGCUAUGCGUAAAACACAUCCUGAACCUUUGCACUGAGCGCAAGAGUGUGUUGUCAUGCCCUUUGGCUUCAUUGCAAGCAUACGUGUGCUUCACUAAGGCAAUGACAACCACCAUCUUCUUUACCUUUCUUUGUAAGCUUUGGGUCGUCGAAAAGUGUUGCGCUCCAAGCCAACGCGUCUGUAGUUUUAAUUUUUCGUGGCCUUUGAGAACUGUCAAAUGUAUUGAUUGAUAGAAACCAUCAAGCGAUGAUAUGUGUUCAGUGUUUGCUGUUGUGGUGUGUGUACAUGGCAAGAGAGAGUGUCUUUCUUAAGUCUAGAUGUGCUAUUAAUGUGUGCUUCAUUUUAAACUGUUGUUGUAUAGACAGUGUCGUGUGUUACGCAUACAUGCCUGUGUCUGCAUUUGCUCUUGAAACUUCUUGCUUUGGAGGCCUGCAUUUGAUACAUCUCUGUACCGCCUUGAUGAAAGACAUUUGAUUUGUUAAAGGUCACCAGGCAUCUUGACAUGAAAUAAAGUGUUACAUACGUUAA